CCUACUUCAGUCCCGUCAUUCCCUACUACCCGCCGCCGCCCUCCUCCCUUUCCUCUCCCUCCUGCUUCAAGUCCUUAUCUUCCCGCCUUCCCCCUCCUCCUGGCUUGUUUGAGUCCAGCUAUAUUCUCUCUGUGAUUCAAUCGUUCAAUGGUAUAGAGUUGCCUCGUCACAGCUGCGGCUUGUUGGCAGCAACUGGUCCUGUACCUUGAAUACCUUAUAUUCGCCUCACCUCAACACCUCCGACAAUUCCUACACUCUUCCUCCUAUCUCUAUAUAUACUCUGAUUCUCCGAUUCGCACAACAUGAAUUAUCUCCACCACCCCUACGCAUUCACCGGCCAUGCCGCCGUCCCCAUGGAGCAGCCGGUUGCCUUCGACCCAACGAUGGCCCACCCGUCCAUGAUGCAUCCAAUGGAUGGCUACCUCUACCCUCACCCGCCUUUUGACAUGGUCGACUUCUACCACCAACCAAUCAUGGACUACGAAGAAUAUGCAGAGAACCUCUCUCGCCCAAGGUUGACGAAGGAACAAGUUGAGACCUUGGAGGCCCAAUUUCAGGCGCACCCCAAACCCAGCAGCAACGUCAAGCGUCAAUUGGCGGCUCAAACCAAUCUGAGCCUGCCACGAGUUGCUAAUUGGUUCCAGAAUCGCCGAGCAAAGGCUAAGCAACAAAAGAGACAAGAAGAGUUCGAGAAGAUGCAAAAGGCCAAGGCCGAGGCCGAAGAAGCCGCUCGCGGCAAGUCGGAGUCCACGGAGAGCUCAGACUCGAAGGAGGACACCAAAGACUCGAAGGAUGAGACCGAUAAAGAUACCCCCAAACAAUCAGUGGAGAACACUGCCGAGCGGACAAAAACGCCGGCUGCUUCGUCCUCGCGGCCUAAGCACCAGAAGACCAGAAGCGAGUCGGCACGGGAGGCUACCUUUGCUUCCCUGCAACGGGCGUUGAAUGCUGCUGUUGCUGCCCGUGACCGGUAUGGCCAGGACGGCGAAAACAGCCAAUCCCCCAGCAUGGAUGGGUCAGUGUCGCCGACCACAACCUUCUCCAACAACCGCUGCGGCAGCCACGAUAGCAGCAGACAUGGACAGGGUGACCUCAGCUCUUCUUUCUCACAGAACGCCAUCUCGUGGACGUCGCAAAGUUCUCAGGGUGCUCUUGGGUAUGUGACGUCGGGGGAGUCGCUGACGAUGCCCGGCAUGGACGGCACUCAACAUGACGCCGGCCAUGACUCGAUGCAAAACGUCCAGUUCCACCCCUCCCAGAAUGAAGACUGGUCCCACCAGCUUCAGACGUCAAAGUCUCUUUCUGGCUACCGUUCGGCUAGCGAUGCUGAAGUUUCCUACAACGGUGUGCAAUACCCUAUGCAACAUGACAUGUCGGUGCCUAGGCGAGGCUCUUCUGACGAGCUGGCCGACACAUUGGAAGGUAUUGGCAUCAACACGCACCCCAGCUCGCAGCUUGUGAAUGAAGGCGACCGUUCAUCCUGGAAGGAACCCAGCAAGGAACUUGACCUUGCAGCCCGGAGAAAGCGCCCGAGGCCUGCUGCCAUUGGCACCUCGAGGUCGUCCUCGAUGUUGACGGGAUCGUCCACCAUGUCACCCUCGACGAGGCUCCCGAGCUACGGCAACAGCCAUGGCGUGAGGCAAUCCAAGUCUGCACAGGGUCUAAACACCCGAUAUGCGGGUGUCCGGAAGGCAUCUGCAGCUCAGCGUUCCCCCCUUAACCUGUCUACUUUCGCCGAGGCUGGGGCUCUGGGCUCCAAGGCUGACAUGUCGUCCAUGCUACAACCUGCGGUUACGACAGGGGGUUUGGCGCCACCAACACCCUUGACACCGGAAGAUCUGCACCAUCUGCUCCCAACCACUCCCAGCGACGGUGGCUACUGCCUGUCGGCGCAACCGACUAGCCAAUUGUUCCCUACCACACAGCCGAUGCAGAUCAACAUUGCAUCACCUCCCGCGACACCGUUGGCCGUGGAUGUGCUCUCUUCCUACCCGUACCAAGGUGUUGCCCCUCCGAUGUCAGCCCCUGCCCAUUACACGUCAUUCGCCGAUUACGCCUCCUGCGAGGCUCCCCUGACGGGCAGAAGCUGGACUGAUGCCACGUCAAUGCCGUCGCCUGAAGCAUCCUUUCAGAGCCCCUGCCAACUUCCGCAGGCGGACCUGACAACGAUGUCAUAUGAGCAGGCGAUGGAACAGGGGCCCGACCAUGUACCUGUGACAGGGUCUCCCUCCCUCGUGUAUCACACGAGUGACGUCGAUAUGCCGACGUCGGCUGCAUUCUGUGGGGAUUCGAAGCAAACGGAGUUCCACAUCUACGAGUUCCCGGAGCAGCAGGAAGCUCACCGAUUUGUUGCACAGCAGCUUCCGUCGCAGAAGCCCAAGGCCUAUACGUUCAACAAUCAAACGCCGAACGACUUUUGAGCGCCACACGGCA